AUGAGGUAUUGGGAAGAAGCUUCCAAGUUAGACGGAGACGAUGUGGACAUUCUUUAUGGAAGGCUCCAGCAAUAUGUUGCCAGUAAACAGGAGGACGAAGCGCGAUCAAUCAUCCAGAAGGCUCUUACCAAGAAGCUUCCCGGCAAAGACUCAACCAUGGUGGUGGCAUUGCUGGCGACCGCCGUGAGUAAUGGUGAUGAAAGUCACAUGCUGUCCGUUUUCAAGGCAGUCUUCUCUCUGGUCUUCUCCGACCCGGAAUUGUGGGCAACCUUUCAAGACGGGAUGGAGGCGGCGAUUGAAACCGCAAGAAAAGCGGGCAAAAUCAAUGAGCUUUCAAAUUUGCUGCUGCUCCAGGGCAGCGCUGAGUACUAUCUCCGCAGAGACUCAAUUGAGAUGUCAGCCACUGCCACACGUCAUUUGCGAGAGUGCUUGGAGCUAAUUCACGACUGGGAUGAAGUCGCUUCAAGAGGCGAGGAGCGCCUAUUCGUCAAACAAAGUGCCGUUGCCCGUCUCAGUAUACUGUACCUUGAGACUGCCAUGCAAUCGAAUGGAGAAGAGUCAGAGAUAGCCGCCGAGAGAUUGCGGCAGCUCCACGAGGAUGACCACGCCGCAAAUGAUGCGAGGUCGACUCUUGCAUCACUGUACAUGUCCAAGGGACAGAAGGGCAUGGCCCGUGGUCUCUUUCGCGCCGACAUGGUCGAAGCAUUCAACAUCCUGGUUGACAGCGAUGUCCAGAACGAUGGAGACGGGUUCACUAUGCUGCGUACCCUGUUAUGCCACACUGGUGAUUAUGAGAAUGCACAGCGAGCCGCAUUGCUUUAUUCCAAGAUGCGGUUCAAUACCACGAUACUUAAAGAGCUUCUUGCCGAAGAAGAGCCCUCAAUCACCGCAGACCUCCUCAUGAAGUACGAAAAUUACCAAAGAAAUCCAAAGGCAUGUCGACCAGAAGAUCGACCCUGGUACGAUCUCCAGUAUGUCUGGGCAGAGGUGAGCAGACUUGCAACUGAAUUGGAAGCGGUGGAUAGCCAGCGGGCCAUCAAGUAUCGCAAGAUAGAACAGAUUUUUACAAAGCAUGAGAGAUCCCACUGGUGGGGAUUUUCCUGCACAAACUGUGAUCUACCCUGGGAUAAUGACAAUGGCUUGCAUGCGUGCAAGUAUUGCUACAAUGUUGGUUUGUGCGACGCUUGCUGGAGCAAACUGCAAUUCAGCGAAGCAGGUCGAGCCUUUGUUUGCAGCGGAACACAUGACUGGUACGAGUUACCGCCAUGUACGAUGGAGCAGUAUUUAUAUGCAUGUAAAGAUAUAGUCGUCAUGAAGACUGACGAUGGGGGCCAGGAGGCGGUCUCUGCUUCCAAGUGGUUGGGGAUGUUGUGCGAAGAAUGGGGGCUGUCCAAGACUGACUGGGGUUUUGAGUAG